CUGCCCGAGGUGCACUCCCGAUUCCUUCUGCUUCUAAGUCUAAGGUUAUAGAGAUAAUUAGAUAUGGCAACUCUCAAGGAUCAACUGAUUCAGAAUCUUCUUAAGGAAGACCAUACCCCCUGGAAUAAAAUUACAGUUGUUGGGGUUGGUGCUGUUGGCAUGGCUUGUGCCGUCAGUAUCUUAAUGAAGGACUUGGCAGGUGAACUUGCUCUUGUUGACGUCAUGGAAGACAAACUGAAGGGAGAGAUGAUGGAUCUCCAGCACGGCAGCCUAUUCCUCAGAACAUCAAAAACUGUCUCUGGCAAAGACUAUAAUGUGACUGCAAACUCCAAGCUGGUUAUUAUCACAGCUGGGGCACGUCAGCAGGAGGGAGAGAGCCGUCUUAAUUUGGUCCAGCGUAAUGUGACCAGCUUUAAGUUCAUCAUUCCUAAUAUUGUAAAAUACAGCCCAAACUGCAAGUUGCUUGUUGUUUCCAAUCCAGUGGAUGUCUUGACCUAUGCGGCUUGGAAGAUAAGCGGCUUUCGCAAAAACCGUGUUAUUGGAAGUGGUUGCAAUCUGGAUUCCCGGCCCCGUUACCUAAUGGGGGAAAGGCUGGGAGUUCACCCGGUAAGCUGCCAUGGGUGGGUCCUUGGAGAGCAUGGAGACUCCAGUGUGCCUGUAUGGAGUGGAGUAAAUGUUGCUGGUGUCUCCUUGAAGAAUCUGCACCCUGACUCAGGCACUGAUGCAGAAAAGGAACAGUGGAAAGAGGUUGACAAACAGGUGGCUGACAGUGCCUAUGAGGUGAUCAAACUGAAAGGCUACACUUCCUGGGCCACUGGAAUGUCUGGGGCAGAUUUGGCAGAAAGUAUAAUGAAGAAUCUUAGGCGGGUGCAUCCGAUUUCCACCAUGAUUAAGGGUCUCUAUGGAACAAAAGAUGAUGUCUUCCUUAGUGUUCCUUGCAUCUUGGGACAGAAUGGAAUCUCAGACGCUGUGAAGGUGACCCUGACUCCUGAGGAAGUGGCCCAUUUGAAGAAGAGUGCAGAUACACUCUGGGGGAUCCAAAAAGAGCCGCAGUUUUAGAGUCUUCUAAUGUUGUACCACAUCACCGUCUAGACUACAACGGGAUUUUUAGUUGGAGGUUGUGUAUAUCGUGUUCUGUUAUUCAAGUAAUAACGUGAAAAAUGGCCUAGGAAAAAC